GCAGGGUGGAACUGGAUGGGUUUUAAGUCCAAGGUGGAGGACAUCGUGCAGGAGGUCUAUGAUGCCUACAAGACAAACCAUCACUCCUCACAGUACGUCCUGCAGCGGGAGAAGCACUUCCAUUACCUGAAGAGAGGUCUCCGGCAGCUCACUGAAGCCUAUGAGUGUCUGGAUGCUAGCCGCCCCUGGCUCUGCUACUGGAUCCUGCACAGCCUGGAGCUGCUGGAUGAGCCCAUUCCCGAUUCGGUGGCCUCUGAUGUCUGCCAAUUCCUGAGGCGGUGCCAGAGCCCCCAGGGUGGAUUUGGGGGGGGGCCCGGCCAGCACCCCCACCUCGCCCCCACCUACGCCGCCGUCAACGCGCUCUGCAUCAUCGGCACCGAGGAGGCCUUCGGCGUCAUCGACAGGAAGAAGCUCUUGGAAUACCUGCACUCGCUGAAGCAGCCGGAUGGCUCCUUCCUCAUGCACGUGGGUGGAGAGGUGGAUGUCAGGAGCGCCUACUGCGCCGCCUCAGUGGCCUCACUGACCAACAUCCUGACGCCCACUCUCUUUGCUGGGACGGCUGAGUGGAUUGCCAGGUGCCAGAACUGGGAAGGUGGGAUUGGUGGCGUGCCAGGCAUGGAGGCGCAUGGCGGCUACACUUUCUGCGGCGUGGCCGCGCUGGUCAUCCUCAAGCAGGAACAUCUGCUGAACCUCCGGAGCUUGCUGCACUGGGUGACCGGGCGGCAGAUGCGCUUCGAGGGCGGAUUCCAGGGCCGCUGCAACAAGCUGGUGGAUGGGUGCUACUCCUUUUGGCAAGCUGGGCUCCUGCCCCUGCUCCAUCGGGCACUCCAUGCCAGGGGCGAUCCAGCGCUGAGCAUGGCACACUGGAUGUUCGACCAGCUGGCACUGCAGGAAUACAUUCUCCUGUGCUGCCAGUGCCCAGCUGGUGGGCUGCUGGAUAAGCCAGGAAAAUCUCGGGAUUUCUACCACACCUGCUACUGCCUGAGUGGGUUGGCCAUUGCACAGCACUUUGGAAGUGGAGAUCUCCACAAUGAGGUGGUCCUGGGUAUCCCUGAAAAUUGCCUGCAGGCCACACACCCUGUGUACAACAUUGCCCCGGAGAAGGUGGCGAGGGCGGUGAUGCACUUCCUGCAGUAUCCCGUGCCCAGCCUGGAUCCACCAUCCGCUGCCGAGUAGGGGGGUCCUGCUGCUGGCUCGGGGUGCCGAGCCCCGUCAGCGAGCGGCACAGCCCAUCCCCGCAGUGGCCUGGCCAGGCAGAGCACGGUGCUCAGGGUGCUAGCAAUACCAAAAUCCAGCCUGCUCCAGGCCGGGUGUUCUGCUGCCAUCCUGGCCAGAGCCGAGGUGGGACACGGGCUCUGGCAGAGCUUUUUGGCAUCAAUAAACCAGAAGUCACACCCGCCGUGUGCUGGUGGCCCCGGGGAUGCGGGGCAGGAGGUGAUGCCACGUCUGGAUCCGGUGGCACCAACUUCCCCCAUUCCAAGAACACACGGUAACCACGGGGGAAGAUAAAAUAAGUGGAAUUUUG